CACACCUGUAAGACCUUCGUUCAUCUUCAGAACACAAAUUAAGAUAUUUUUGAUAAAAUCCAAUGGCUCAGUGAGGCCUGUAUUGACAGUAAGAAAAUGAACACUUCCAGAUGCCCAGGAAGCUACUAAAGACAUAUUUAAAACAGUUCAUGUGACUACAGUGGUUCAACCUUAAUGUUAUGAAGCGACGAGAAUGCAAAAAAAUAAAAUGACGACUUCAACAAUAGUGAUGGCCGACAGUUUGAUAGUUUAACUAACCCUUUAAUUACAAAAGAUGAAAUACAAAAUGUAUUUUUGUUGUUGUAACAUAUUGCAGUCAGGUUAGUCAUAUUAAAUAUUUUUAGAACAAACCUAAUUUAAAGAUUAUUUUACCUGUCAAAAUGUUUGUUAAAGUGCAGUACAAGAAUAAGUCUAUUAAAAAUCAAUUUUUCGAUUAAUUUAUUAAAAAAUAUUCAGCAGAAGCAUAUGAAUAGAUAAUUACAUAGAGAUACACAGAGAUUCAGAACAAUGUUGCACUCAAAGAUAAACUGAUCUAUGUGAAAUGAUCACAAACUGAUUAUGUAUAUGGCAGAAUGGGGAAAAAAAGUCAAUGUUCAGUUAAAUUGUUUUUUCUUUGAUUACUUCUGCAUCCCUCCGGCUCCUUCUUCCAAGCUCGAUCUUGCUGCUUUUCUUCAUAAUUACAGGACUCUCAUUGGUCAAUGAGCUGAUUUUGCAAGAGCCAAUCCCAAAAAGGCUAACAGCAAGCUCCUGACAUAUGACAUGCCUUGUUGUUCUUAAUGAUCAUGGAGCUCCUUAAAAACGUUGCCAUCCACCACAGAAGCUCAGAGGGUUCGAAGGGGAGUCCAGGGGUUGUGUGAAGAGUUCAGUACGCCCCUUCAGAGCCCACCAGCAGCUUACGAGUAUCUCCAAACAUUUCUGCUGGAACAGGAUUCAAUAAUCAAGAAAAAUGGCCAGACUUACACUGUCUGUUAUGAUCUGUGGAAUGGCUCUUGCAACUGUCUUUAUGUCAGACUUUCUGAAUGCUGGUCCUGUAGGGCGCAAUGAAGAAGAGGGCGCCAUAGAGGGCGCUUCUGAGGUGAAGACAGACAGCAAGUCAUCACUGAAGAAGCUUGUCCGCAGCAGGAGGAAUGUUGCCUAUUACAGAAGCCAACCUGAUUUCUGGGGCUGGUAUAAAUACUUCAUGGAGACCCACAACCAGGAAGGAGUUGAGAACAUGGAUCGCAUGUACCUUGCUUACCUGCAGAACAAGCACAGAGUAGAAGACGGCCGCUCUUACAACCAUUACCUCACGCACCUGAGCGAAAUUUACAAAGCCUGUGCCAACUCCGACGACCCAGACUGCAUUGCAGAAUCCACCAGUAAACCCAAAGCCAAGAUUGUCAUGCCUGUUCCCGUGAGGCAAGCUGCUGUGACAGUGUGCAACCCUUACCUCGACCCAUACUGCCUCUAUGCUGUUAGACCAAAAGCUGCAGAAGAAGAGCCUUCACCUGCUCCGGCGAAGGUCCCUGCUCCGAUUCUGUCCCCUCUACUCCCUCUGCCUCUGAAAACCCCACCGGCUCACUACUACUACGCUCCGGUUCUGGAGCCUUUCCUGUCGGCUGAGCAAAGAGCAGAGCUGUUGCGUAUCUGCAACCCUUCGGACACUGAGUGUCUGCAGUAUCACCUGCGUGCUGCGUAUGGCUACAGGCCCUCGCUUGGCCCUCUGCCCUCUUACGCUCACCUUGGAUGUGAUCCUACCAAAGAUCCUUACUGCCAGCCCAAGCUGGUGGCCAGAUCACCCUCAGGUUUGUAUCACCUGUACCCCACCUGUAACCCGGCCACUGACCCCCUUUGCAUCACCAAUGUAGUUGCACCUGCAGCCCAAACUGCAGAGAAUGCAGAAACCCCCAAAGACAAGUUUUGCAACCCUUUGUUUGAUGAGGGCUGCAACCCCCUUACAGCUGCCAAACUAGCUGCACUCAAUAAGCCUGUCUUGGAGUAUGCUCCAAAAGAUGAGCCUGCACCUCUCAACCUGGCCUGCGAUCCUCGUUACGAUCCGUAUUGUCUGAUUGGUGGAGCCGCCACUCUCAGGAAACCCCCUCCAGCUCUCCCGGAGUUCCAGACCCGUCACCGUCUGGGCGUCCGUGGGAAGACCAAGGAAGGAUAUGACUGCUACGUGUUCUACGAUAAGGACUGCACCCCGGUGGAGAACCAGGAGUUGAGGGCCAGUGCUGCCAGUUCUAAACCUGACUGCCACCCGUACGACCCCAACUGUGGUAGGUUUGCCGCUCAUCCGUCCACUCGAGCAGAGGCAGCCAAGACGGUCAAAGAUGGCAUCAUUGAGCCCCAUCCAGACUGUGACCCAGAAAUCGAUUACAACUGCCGUCUGCGCAGGGCAGAAUCCACAGGUGAAGAACACAAAGAUGAACCGGCACAGCAAGAACAAGGUCACAGCAACCCUUUCCCUGAACAUGUGGCUCCUGAGUAUCCAGUUCCACGAUUCGAGGACUUCCUGAGAGGAUAUAUGGGUGGCUACAAGAAAUGAGAAGAAAAAAAUGGAUCAUAACUAACAAGUUCAAUCAUGCUUAUACAAAUUUAGCACAAGUUUAGGUCUAUGCAAGAAAAGCAAUUCAGGGUAACUCAAGAAUAAUUUUUGUAUUGAUGUUUUAGAAGCUCUAGAGAUUAACAUUUCAUUUUGUCUGAAAUGUCAUGCUGGGAAACAAAUCAAUAGAUUUGGGGGUUUUGUUAUUGGUAAUGUGAAGCAAUAUACAGUAUGUAUUUAUGUAUUAUAUAGUGUAGGAUUAGGGUAAUGGAAUAUGACUUUAACUGAUACUUAAAUCUGUAUGUUACCUUUUCUUUAGUUUUGUUAUCUGAUCCUUUUUAUAUAUAUAUAUAUAUAUUUAAUGUAGCUCCAACGACUUUGAUAAAAACAAUGUCUUUUCCCUCAGCAUGUUAUGCUUCAUUAUUUCAAUAAAAAAUAAAUGACUUGAAAUAAA